UUAUUGCUAAAAUGUCUGUGUGUAUAUUACUUUCAUAAAUAGAUUAAUUUCUGGAAUGAUCUCAAUCUAUUGGGCAGUUAUUAUUGAUCAAAUAUUGAUCAUUUUUUCAUCAUAAAUGAAAAAUAUAAAAUUUUAUUCAAAAUUAUCAACAACACAGAAUUAUAAAUAUGUAAAAGAAAUGGAUAAUCAACAAGAAGAUGAUGAAUUUAGGAAACUAAAUUAUUAUCCGAUUUGUGAAAUCGAAUCGAUGAAUUUGCAUUCAUGGUCAUAUGAAUAUUUUCAUAAUCGAAAAUUAUUUCCAACAUCAUCGUUACUAUUUUUAUCAUCAAUGUUUACAUUAAUUCAUCAAUAUAUUCUAUUGAUCAUAACCAUAAUAGUCAUUUCAUCCAUACCAAUAAGUGAUUGUUUAAAAAUUACAUUAUUAGAUAUACCAUCACCAUUAGUAGUGGGUGAAUCAGCCGAACUCACCUGUAACUAUGAUUUGGAAGAUAAUGUUCUUUAUUCAUUUAAAUGGUAUAAAGAUGGUAUCGAAUUCUAUAGAUAUGUACCACGUGAUUAUCCACCAACACAAUAUCUAAAAAUGUCCGGCAUCAAUGUUGAUAUUCGUAAAUCAAGUAAAAAAUCAGUGUUCCUACAUAAUGUAAAUCUAAGUACAAGGGGUAAAUAUCGUUGUGAAAUAUCGGCCGAAGCACCAAGUUUUGUUACUGCGGCCAAAGAAGGAAGUUUAGAAAUCAAUGUUUUACCAACUAGUGGCCCAAAAAUAACGACCGAUCAAAAUGAAUAUACGGUCGGUGAUGAAAUACAGGCCAAUUGUACAUCAGAUCGUUCAAAUUUGGAUAUUAUACUCAAUUUUACAAUCAAUGGUGAACCAAUAACAAAUAGCAUUGAUUAUGAAGUAAAAUAUUCAACACAAUUACAUUCGGAUUCAUUGAAAACAUCCGGUUUAUCAUUACGAUUUUUAUUAAAUGAUAAACAUUUUCAUCAAGGAAAAUUAAAGCUCAAAUGUAUUGCAUCUGUACCAUUAUAUAAUAUACAGAAUGAAGCAAACAAAAUUGUCAAAGAUUAUCAAUAUCGACAUGAAUUGUUACAAUAUUUCGCAUCAUCAUCAUCAUCAUCAGCAUCGUCAUCUGCAAGUGAAAGUCAAGCGGCACGAUCAAAAGUAUUAAAUACUGGACGUAUACAUCAUAUUGGUCAUUAUGGUCAUCUAACCGAAAUGAACAUGGUCAAAUGUAUAUAUGUUCUAUUUACAACAUUGAUACAUUGGCAAUUUCAAAAUUUAUUCCAAUAAUAAUGAUGAUUUUUUUUUCUUGUCGAUCAAUCAAACACAAAUUAUUCAAACAUCUACACAAAAAAAACUGUACAAAUCUUGUAGAACAAAAUCAAGCAAUCACUAAUAUGACAGAACGAAACAAAACAAAACAAAAAUAUUGUAGAAUACA